AUGUCCCGCAGAAAGCAGUCCAGACCGGUCAAGGUCCUCGACGACGACGCGUCCGAGGAAGAGUGCGACGGCGUGUCGCGCGGACAAUCGGCGGGCGCGGCCGCGGCCCUCGUUAACGGGCACCACGUAUCCACGUCCACCCGCCGGUUCGACGACGGUGAGUAAAAGUUUUAUAUAUAAAGUCGUUCCGUAACUUUAAACGGGAAAAAAGAAAAAAAAAAACGCCCCCCCUUUAGAUAUCAUGCGGGCACACGGCGACUAAUGUCCGGUGUCGCCGCUGUGGGGGGGAUUGGGGAGGAGUGAGGAGGGGGUUCCGCGUUGGCCGCGUCCCCGCGGAGGCCUGGGACGACGGACGUCCGUCCGGAACCGCGCCGUCGGAAUGCGCGCGGUUUUUUUUCGCGGUUUAAAAAUAAUACGUUUACAAUCGUUUUUUCCCCCGGGGUCCCGAGUGUUAUUUUUAUCGUUAUCGUUAUACGUGACGCGGCCCGAAAGAACGGAAAAAACCCCCCGGUCCGCGACGGCGGCGAUAAUAAUACGCGAACAAUUAUUUAUUCACACGGACCGACCGGCCGCGAUACGGUCUAAAUGUUAUUAUGUUGCAGGCGCGUUCGUCGUCGUCGGGUUUUUUCGUGUUUUUAUUUUUACCAUUCGGAUUAAAACACACAACGCGAGUGAACCGUUUUCAAUCGACCGUCCGGCGGAAGGACGCCCCGUCGAAACCGCGAAUACGGCGAAUACGUGAACGUUAGAAAGUAACGCGAUGAACACGCGUAAUUGUUUUGCUCUCGAUUUUCCCGACCGUAUGGGUACGUUUGUCGUUAUCCGUCGCGAAAUCGAAUUGCGUUGCGCCGGUUUUUACGGUUUGGCGCGGAGUUCCGCGCGCGAAUUUUCCGCCGGAGAAGAACACCCUGCCCCGAUUUGCGAGUAUAGCGACUUUUCCAAAAGUAAAUAAUCGGUCCGGGCGAGGCGCUUUGGGGGAGAGGUUUCACGAUUUCUCGAUUUUCCACGGUAGUUUUCUCGUCGAGCAUGAUGAAAAACCGAAAGCAAAAAAAAAAAAAUAUCGGGAAAACGUACGAAACAUAUGAGCGUAAAACAUAACGAGAUUUUUUUUUUUUUUUUGCUGCGGAUAAUUUUUCUACUAGCGACAAUCGCUCCGAUUUACAACGACGGCGCUCUUCCUAAAUGGAAAUCUGAUUGGGGAGAUGCAUUAGAGAGGUCGCUUUUCGGUUUUCCCGGCGAAUGUGAAAAACCCGGGGGAAAAAACGCGGGAAAAACCCCGGUACGUUAUUACGAAUGUCUUAAUGCCGAGUCAAUCAUUUCACCAUAACGCGGCAUAAUAUAAUAUUGCAUAUUGUCGGCAAUUCGCUGUCGACCGAACUCCGCUCAGAAUAGUUUUCUAUUUUUUUUUCGGACGGGCGUAGUCGCUUCGCACCGAAAAAUCGACCCAGAACGUGUAAUACGAAUGCGAUUUGCGAUACGCAAUCCAACGUUUUUUAACCGCGCUUGUAAUUCGCACCGAAAUAUGGGACACGUGGUUCGCACCGUCUCGGGUGGUGUGAAACGGCCGGGA